AUGCACUUUGUCUACAGUGUGAGCAAUGUUUGGGGAAAUCAUGUGAAAUCAACGCAAACUGAGAAUAUCUAUUUGGAUAACAUCACGCGUGUAUUGGAUAGAUUACUAGAUGGAUAUGACAACAGACUGCGACCUGGAUUUGGAGGUCCAGUUACUGAGGUCAAAACAGACAUCUUUGUCACAAGCUUUGGUCCAGUGUCAGAUGUUGAGAUGGAGUACACUAUGGAUGUAUUUUUCCGUCAAACGUGGAUUGAUGAGAGGUUGAAAUUCGAGGGCCCCAUCGAGAUUCUGCGUCUCAACAACCUCAUGGUCAGCAAGAUCUGGACACCAGACACAUUCUUCCGGAAUGGCAAGAGGUCCAUCUCUCACAACAUGACCACUCCCAACAAGCUGUUCCGCAUCAUGCAGAACGGAACUAUCCUCUACACCAUGAGAUUGACUAUAAAUGCAGAAUGUCCCAUGAGACUGAUGAACUUCCCCAUGGACGGCCAUGCCUGUCCUCUCAAGUUUGGUAGCUAUGCCUACCCCAUGAGUGAAAUUGUGUACACAUGGAAAAAAGGACCACUGUUCUCUGUGGAAGUACCAGAAGAGUCCUCCAGCUUGCUACAGUACGAUCUAAUAGGACAGACAGUGUCCAGUGAGAGGUUAAAAUCCAACACUGGUGAAUAUGUAGUCAUGACUGUUCACUUCCACCUACAAAGGAAGAUGGGCUUCUUCUUGAUUCAGACAUACAUCCCCUGUAUCAUGACCGUGAUCCUGGCUCAGGUCUCUUUUUGGAUCAAUAAGGAAUCGGUUCCUGCACGAACUGUGUUCGGCAUUACCACAGUGCUAACCAUGACCACACUCAGCAUCAGCGCCCGCCACUCUUUGCCCAAAGUCUCUUACGCCACGGCCAUGGACUGGUUCAUCGCUGUGUGUUUCGCCUUCGUCUUCUCAGCCCUCAUUGAGUUUGCCGCAGUCAACUACUUCUCCACGCUGCAGGCCAACCGGGAGCUCCGCAAGGCGGCCUCCAUUAAGGCAGCCCAGGAGGCAGCAGAGGCCGGGAGGACCGACGGAGAGUCCUCUUCGGAUGCCAGCAGUAUGCUGAAGAAGAGGUUAAACUCCACGCCUCACUUUGAGAGGCCAGCGGAGGUGUUCCCUAACCCUCCAGUGAAUGCCCAGGCCUUCCUCCAGCAAGGCUCAGCCGUGCCGUCCAACAACUUACUGACGGGCACCAGCAUCAUAGACAAGUACUCGCGCAUCCUCUUCCCUCUGUCGUUCGGGGCCUUCAACCUGGUCUACUGGAUCGUCUAUCUCACUAAGGACACCAUGGAGAUGACAAGGGACAGCGUGUGA